AUGAAGCCACUUCAGGUUGUCACCCUGUGGUGGAUGCUACUGCUGCUGCCCAGGCUGGGGGCCACCAGGCAGGCCGCCCCCGAAGAGGGUUCCUUCUACUAUGGAACAUUCCCGCCCGGCUUCUCCUGGGGUGUGGGAAGUUCUGCCUACCAGACGGAGGGCGCCUGGGACCAGGACGGAAAAGGUCCAAGCAUCUGGGACACCUUCACGCACAGCGGGAAGGGCAAAGUGCUGGGGGACGAGACCGCAGAUGUGGCCUGUGAUGGCUACUACAAGGUCCAGGAGGAUGUCGCUUUGCUGAGAGAGCUGAAUGUGAGCCACUACCAGUUCUCCCUGUCUUGGCCCCGACUCUUGCCCACUGGCAUUCGAGCUGACCAGGUGAACGCGAAGGGCGUCAAAUUCUACAGUGAUGUCAUCGACGCGCUGCUGACGAGCAACAUCACCCCCAUCGUGACCCUGCACCACUGGGACCUCCCACAGCUGCUCCAGGUGAAAUUCGGCGGGUGGCAGAACAGGAGCCUGGCCAACUACUUCCGGGACUACGCAGACCUGUGCUUCGAGGCCUUUGGGGAUCGAGUGAAGCACUGGAUCACCUUCAGUGAUCCGCAGGCGAUGGCGGAGAAAGGCUAUGAGACCGGCCGCCACGCACCCGGCCUGAAGCUCCCGGGCACCGGCCUGUACCAGGCGGCACAUCACAUCCUUCAGGCUCACGCCCAAGCCUGGCACUCUUACAACACCACGUGGCGUGGCAGGCAGCGAGGUGUCGUGGGGAUUUCAUUGAACUGUGACUGGGGAGAACCUGUGGACAUCAGGAACCCUAAGGACAUCGAGGCUGUGGACAGAUACCUCCAGUUCUGCCUGGGCUGGUUUGCCAACCCCAUCUAUGCCGGCGACUACCCUCAAGUCAUGAAAGACCGUAUAGGAAGGAAGAGCGCAGAGCAGGGGCUGGAGCGGUCGCGGCUCCCGGUGUUCUCCCUGCAGGAGAAGAGCUACGUGAAAGGCACGGCGGAUUUCCUGGGCUUAGGCCAUUUUGCCACACGGUACAUCACAGAAAGGCACUAUCCCUCCCGCCAGGGGCCCAGUUACCGCAACGACCAGGAUUUGGUGGCGCUGGUUGACCCAAACGGGCCAGACCUGGGGUCUCAGGGGCUCAAUUCUGUGCCACGGGGGCUGAGGAGGCUCCUCAACUUUGCGCAGACCCAGUACGUGGACCCUCCCCUGUACGUGACGGGAAACGGAGCUGCUCAGAAACUACCCUGCAGUCAGUUAUGCGAUCAGUGGAGAAUGCAGUACCUUCGAGGGCACACCAACGAAAUGCUAAAAGCCAUAAAAGAUGGUGCUAAUAUCAAAGGGUACACUUCCUGGUCUCUGCUGGAUAAGUUUGAAUGGGAGAAAGGAUACUCGGAAAGGUACGGCCUCUACUACGUCGAAUUUAACGACCGACAGAGACCUCGCCACCCGAAGGCUUCUGCGCAGUACUACCAGAGGCUCAUCUCUGCCCACGGGUUCCCCAGUCCCAGAGAGGUGGAAAGCUGGUACCUGCAAGCCUGGGAAACCUGCUCCAUCAACAGCCACAGGCUUGCUGCAGGGCCGCUGCUAAGUCACAUGCAGAUGGUGACGGAGAUUGUGGUGCCCACAGUCUGCACCCUGGGCAUCCUCAUCGCUGCUGUCCUGCUAAUGCUCCUCCUCUGGGGGCAGACUUGAGACCCGUGACCGAUUUGUAGCUCCAGGCGCAUCCACUUUCCCGCUCUGAAGGUCACAUACGUUUCUGUUUUCAGAUUCUGCAAUAAAUAACAGCCCCACUCUUUUUAGUGGCUUGUGCUAAGCCUUAAAAGCUAGAAAACAAAAAUAAGCAUAAAUAAAAAUGAAAAUCACUUGUAA